UCUUCAACCAGAGUCUCUGUGAGAGCCACUAGGCGGAGGAGCAGGCAGUGCUGGCGGGACACAGAGGCUCCUGGGUCCUUGCUGUCAAAUCCGGUUUCAGGACGGAGCCAGAUCCAGUAAGCUGAGCUCCGGAUCCCCUGCAUCCUACCAUGAGCCGCGACUUGGAGAUAAACAGACAGUGACUGACCCUGACUGGCACCAGUUAUGAGACCCCAAUGGACCUGCUUCCCUGAGGCGCACUGCCAGGACAGCAAACCUCCUGGUCCGGACCAGGAGAGCGAGAGCGAGAGGGAGAGGGAGAGGGAGAGGGCGAGGGAGAAGCGCUGGGCCGAUCUGUUUGAUCAGCUGGACCUCAACAAAGAUGGACACAUCGACAUCCUGGAGCUGCGGACAGGGCUGGCAGGCCGAGGGCUUUCCAGAGGCUCCCUGGAGAAGAUCGUGGAGGCCAGCGACACCAACCACGAUGGAGUACUGGACUUUGAAGAGUUCACCCAGUAUCUUCGCACGCAUGAAAAAGAGCUCAAACUCAUUUUUAGAAGCCUGGACAGGAACAAUGAUGGUCAGAUAGACGCAGCAGAGAUCCAGCACUCUCUACAAACCAUUGGUGUGGAGAUUAGCCUCAAGGACGCCACCAGGAUUCUGCAAAGAAUGGACAAAGACGGUACCAUGACCAUUGACUGGAGUGAGUGGCGAGACUUCUUCCUGUUUAAGCCUCUCACCAACAUGCAGGAUGUAGCGCGCUACUGGAAACGCUCAAUGAUGUUGGAUAUAGGUGAGCAGCUGACAAUCCCAGAUGAAUUUUCUGAGGAGGAGAAGAAGUCUGGCUAUGUCUGGCGGCAGCUGAUGGCUGGAGCCUUUGCUGGGUCUGUAUCUCGGACUGGGACCGCCCCCUUAGACCGCCUCAAAGUCUUCCGACAGGUUCAGAGUUUGGGUGAUUUUAAAGGGAAUGUGCUGAGCAGUUUUCAGUACAUGCUGAAAGAAGGAGGAGCGCGGUCGCUGUGGAGAGGCAAUGGAAUCAAUGUGCUUAAAAUUGCCCCAGAAACCGCUAUCAAGUUCACAGCUUAUGAACAGAUCAAGAAUCUGAUGCGUAGCAAAAAUGAGAAAAGAAAUCUGAGGGUUCAUGAGAGAUUUGUUGCUGGCUCUUUGGCUGGAGCUACAGCUCAGACAGCCAUCUACCCAAUGGAGGUGCUAAAGACCCGUCUCACACUUAGAAAAACAGGCCAGUACUCAGGAAUAGCAGACUGUGCUAAACAGAUCCUGCAGAGAGAAGGUGUCGCAGCCUUCUACAAAGGCUAUGUACCCAACCUGCUCAGUAUUGUCCCUUACGCCGGCAUCGACCUGGCCGUCUACGAGACACUGAAGUUUUCCUGGCUGAACAGGAACAGAGGUUUAACCGACCCGGGGGUCAUGGUGCUGGUCGGCUGCGGUGCCGUUUCCAGUACCUGUGGACAGCUGGCGAGUUACCCACUGGCACUGAUCCGCACUCGAAUGCAGGCACAAGCUUCAGUGAAGGGAGCUCCUAAACCCUCCAUGUUGGCCUUGAUUCACAACAUCGUGACCCAGGAGGGUGUGGCCGGACUUUAUCGAGGAAUAUCCCCCAACCUGCUGAAAGUCAUCCCUGCCGUCAGUGUGUCCUACGUGGUCUAUGAGUACACGAGGAUAGUCCUGGGAGUGGACAUUGAUGGUAGGAGGGGUGGGAAAGAGAAGGCGUAGAGAAACGUUUGAUGGUUUGGGGUGGCUUUCAACUACAAGCACGUACAGAUCGGUUGGCAAUGCAUGAAGACGUGGGCCUUGACUGUGGAUAAAUAUAUGGUCCUGUGAUCACAGGUUGUGAGUUUUGAGGAUGAGGAUGAUGGGAUGGAGAAUAGACCAUGGAAGGAAAAGAGAAAAAAACACAUCAAAUCAUCAUUAUAUUGAAUCUGUUGUUAAAGCCUCACAUUUGGAGGACCUCAACUGAACCGGCAGCCGCUGUGAUGAUUUACUCGUGUGAUAUGCUGCACUGCAGUGCAUGCAGUUGUGUGAAAGCUUCCUGCUACUGCAUUGACUUGGACAGAUGAAGACUUGCAUGAACUUGCCUGAGAACGAAAAAAGGUAAACGAGGCCAUGUUACAUUCCUACAGCAUUAUUUCUCUUCCUAGGUGGUAUAUAGGCGGCUGUGGUGUAGUGGAGAGCAAGGUAGUUCUCCAAUCAGAGGGUCGGUGGUUCGAUACCCGGCUUCGGCAGUCGAUGUGUCCUUGGGCAAGACACUUAACCCCAAGUUGCUCCCGAAGGCUUGCCAUCGGUGUGGACUGGAUGUUGCAUGAAUGUUAGUUAGAGUCUGAUGGUGGCACCUUGCAUGGUAGCCUGUCAUCAGUGUGUGAAUGGGUGAAUGAUAUGUAAUAUACUACUGAUUGUAAUUCGCUUUGGAUAAAAGCGUCUGCUAAAUGACUGUAAUGUAAUAUAGAGAAG